AUGUAUUAUUAGAAUUAAAGAAUACCAGUUCCGUUACAAAGAAUAGAAUUCAAACAUAUUCUUUCAGGAUUACAAAAGCCCUUGUAAAAAUAAGAUGAAAUAAAUGAAAAGCCAUUAGAAACUAGAAAAAACAGAAAAAAACCUGAAGUAAAAUUCUUAUAGGACUUAUAAAGAAAUGAGAAAUGUGAGCAGCAAGCACUAUAAUUAUCAGAUACUAUGUGGGAUGAUCGAAUAUUAUAGAAGUUGGAGAAAUUGAAGAAGCAGCCUAAAGAAUUCUUUAAAAAAGUUCCAAAAGAUCCAAUAACAUUAAUGAAUUCAUCCAAAAUUAACAAAUUUAUUGAAAUUAAAAUAUUGGCAUAAUCAAAAGAAGAUGUUUAAAAAGUAUCAAGAGAAUCAUUAAGACAAAUGAAUUAGAUAUAGGAGGUGGAUGUGAAAGAGUUAUUGAACUAGUACCCACAUUAGUUCAAUUUUACAACAUCGGCAGAUGCAAGAAAGAAAAAGGAAGUAUUAGAUACAAAGGAUAAAUAUAUGAAAAUAUUCUUUGUUAGAAAUUGUUCUACAAGUAUGAGUAAAUCUAAAGUUAAUAAUAAACAAUUACAUAGUAGUGGUGACUCACAAAAAUACAUGAAUUUAGAAUAAAUAAAAGAAAGGAAGAAUAAUAAAAACAAUUUGUCAUUUUGUACUUGGAGUAAAUUAUCAGAAUUAGAAUGUCCUGGAUAUUGCACUUUCAUCAAAUAACUGGCAGUCAAAAAUAAGUUAUAGCAGAGUUGUUGCUAACAGAAAAAUAACUCUUAAAAUUUAGUAAACGAUUGA